AUGAAACCCGCUGAAAACAAACAACAGGGAAACGAAACCCUCAUCACAGAAUUCAUCCUCCUGGAAUUUGGGGCUUUCAUGCAGCUGCAGGUUUUCCUCUUCCUGCUGUUUCUGGUCGUCUACAUCGUGACCGUUGUGGGGAACGUCCUCAUUGUGGCGCUGGUGGUGGCCAAUCGGCACCUCCACACCCCCAUGUACUUCUUCCUGGGGAACCUGUCCUGCUUGGAGACCUGCUACAGCUCUACCAUCCUGCCCCGGCUGCUGGCCGGGUUCCUGACGGGGGACAGGACCAUCUCUAUUGGCGGUUGCCUUACCCAAUUUUAUUUCUUUGGUUCCCUGGCAACCAGUGAGUGUUCUCUCUUGUCUAUGAUGUCGUACGACCGGUAUUUAGCGAUAUGCAAACCCCUGCACUACGCGGCCCUGAUGAACAGCAAAUUUUGCAUCACGCUAGUGGCUGCUUCUUGGUUAGGCGGGUUUCUCUCAAUUGCUAUCUUAAUAUUUCUGAUGUCCCAAUUCACCUUCUGCGGCCCCGCUGAAAUUGACCAUUUCUUUUGUGAUUUAACCCCUAUAAUAAAACAGUCGUGCAGUGACACCCAUGUGCUGGAAGUUACUGCGUUCAUACAUUCCUCCGUCUUCACCCUGCCCCCAUUUCUAUUAACCCUGGCAUCCUACGUGUGUAUCAUUUCCACCAUCCUGAAAAUCCCGUCCAGCACCGGGCGGCAAAAAGCCUUCUCCACCUGCUCCUCCCACCUCAUUGUCGUGACCAUUUUCUAUGGGACCCUGGUCCUUGUAUAUGUAGUCUCAGGCUCCGAUGCCUUGAGGGACCUCAACAAGGUCUUCUCUGUCUUCUAUGGGGUCCUGACCCCACUGGUCAACCCUCUCAUCUACAGCCUGAGAAACAAGGAGGUAAAGAAAGCCGUGAGAAAGGCUGCACUUCGAUUUUUGGGUUUUGACAAGAAUACAGCUAUUUCAAGAUAA